UUAGCAGGAUAUUUUUUUAUCUUAACUAAACCGUAAAAGGUGUGACAGUGAAGAACAGUGUGAUCUUAUACAAACAAUAAAAUAUAUCACGUUGAGGAAGAAUGUGAUUUGAACCAAACCAUAUAAGAUGCGGCGUAGAGGAAGAAUGUGGUCCAAACCAAACCAUAUAUGGAGGUUUGACAUUGAGGAAGAAUGAUCUAAACCAAACCAUAUAAGCUGUGACGUUGAGGAAGAAUGUGAUUUGAACCAAACCAUAUAAGAUGUGACGUUGAGGAAGAAUGUAAUCUAAACCAAACCAUAUAAGCUGUUACGGUGAGGAAGAAUGUGAUUUAAACCUAUCCAUAUAUGGAGAUGUGACAUUGAUAAACAUUGUGAUCUUAUCCAAACCAUAUCAUUUGUGACGAAGAGGAAUGUUGUGUUAUUAACCAAACCAUAUAAGAUGUUUCAUUGAAUAACAUUGUGAUCUGAUCCAAACCAUAAAAGAUGUUAUAUUCAAUAAAAUUAUGAUCUUAACUAAACCAUAUAUGGAAAAAUGACAUUGAGAAACAUUGUGAUCUUAUUCAAACCAUAAAAUUUGUGACGUUGAGGAAGAUUGUUAUCCUAAAACUCGUAUUAGAUGUGAAUUUGAGAAAAAAUGUAACGCCUGUAAAGUAAGACGGUCACGUCUAUAUAACUAAGUUCCUAUACAGUUACACAGGUCUAUGUCACAUUAUUUCCAACAUGAACAUGUAUAUACAUGGCCACGUCUAUGUCUGCAGAGUUCAUAAAUAGUUAUACAGCCACGUCUAUGUCUCAUUAGUUCCUAUAUAGUUAUACGGACAUGACUUUGUCAACCUACCGGUAGUUUAUAUGUAGUUGCAAGGUCAGGUAUAUAUCAACUUAGUUCUUAUAUUGUUACACCGCCAUUUCGUUAUCCACUUAGUUCUUCUAUAGUUGCGCGGUCUCGUCUAUAUCAACUUAGUUCCUAUAAAGUUACAUAGCCACGUCUAUAUCAACUUAGUUCCUGUAUAGUUACAUGACCACGUCUAAAUCAACUUAUAGUUACACGGUCAGGUCUAAACAACUUAGUUCUUAUAUAGUAACAAGGCCACGUCUUUACCAACUUAGUUCUUAUAUAAAUGUAGUUACAUGGCCACGUCUAUACCAACUUAGUUCUUAUAUAAUUACAUGACCACGUCUUUAUCAGCUUAAUGCUUAUAUAGGUACACGGCCACGUGUAUGUCAACUUAGUUCCUAUAUAGUUGCAUUGCCACGUCUUUAUCAACUUUGUUUUUAUAUAGUUAAACUGCCACGUCUAUGUCAACUCAGGUUUUAUAAAGUUACAUGUUCACGUCUAUGUCUCCUAUAUUGUUAUUCGGUCAGGUCUUUGUUAACGUAGUUUCUAUACAGUUACACGGUCAAGUCUAUGGCAAUUUAGUUUCUAUAUAUUAAUCAACUAUAUUUCAACUUAGUUCCUAUAUAUGGUUACAAAGCCACGACUUUAUCAACUUAGUUCUUAUAUAGUUACACGGUGACGUCUUUAUCAACUUUCUUCCGAUAGUUACACGAUCAAGUGUAUAUCAACUUAGUUCGUAUAUAGUUACAAGGUCACGUUUAUAUCAACUUAGUUUCUAUAUAGUUACACCGUAAUGUCUGUGUCAACUUAGUUCCUAUAUAGUCACAUGGCCACGUCUAUACACGUAUCAACUUAGUUCCGAUAUAGUUACACGGUCACGUUUAUAUCAACUUAGUUUCUAUAUAGUUACACGGUCACGUCUACAUCAACUUAGUUCCUAUAUAGUCACAUGGCCACGUCUAUAUCAACUUAGUUCCUAUAUAGUUACACGGUCACGUCUAUAUCAACUUAGCCGCUAUAUAGUUGUACGGUCAUGUCUAUAUCAACUUAGGUCCUAUAUAAAUACAUGGCCCGUCUUUAUCAACUUAGUUCCUAUUUAGUUACACGGUCACGUCUAUAUCAACUUAGUUCCUAUAUAUGGUUACGUAGCCACGACUUUAUCAACUUAGUUCUUAUAUAGUUACAUGGUGACGUCUUUAUCAACUUUGUUCCAAUAUUUACACGAUCAGGUCUAUAUCAGCUUAGUUCCUAUAUAGUUACACGGUGACGUCUAUAUCAACUUAGUUCUUAUAUAGUUACACGAUCAGGUCUAUAUCAACUUAGUUCCUAUAUAGUUACACGGUCACGUCUAUCUCAACUUAGUUCUUAUAUAGUUACACUGGCAUAUCAUGUCUGUCAGCUUGUUUCACUCAACCUCCUAUUCCUCAUUCGUACCGUUAACGACGCCUGGAGCGACGUAAGUCUCACGUUCAAUUGAGCAAAUAUAUAAACAAUAUUUAAUUGUGCACAAGUGAAAAUCGACCACAUUUCCCCGUUUCAACAUCCAUAUUUUAAAGAAUGCGCACCCUUUUUCAGAUAAAUGUGUAGAAGCAACGGCACAUUGAUGCGAUUUUUAAUUGAACGAUUUAACUUUGUCGAAGGAUUCGAAUUCUUAACAUCAACAACGCACACAUCCUGGCCCGGAUACAUUAACCAUAAAUUAGCAAUCAUACAACAACUAUUUAUAUGAUCGUUUUCCGCGCUUUUGGUAAACUAUAUUACUUUUUGUUUGUAUAAAGGCCUAUGUUUUUGGCAGCCAUUCUAUAUAUAUUUUGUAUAGUUUGAGUAAGUAUUAUUCCGUAUUAGCCGUCUAUAUGUCCCUUUCAGAACUAUUUACAUUUACGUGUACUUUAUACUAGUUCGGAACAAUAAUCUUAAUACGGCAAUUAAGCAGUUACAAUAAUAUUUGAUCGUAGACAAAUCAAGGUGCCUAUAUCACGUGACUUUUUAAGAUCUGUGUGGGGAGUUAAAAGAUCAACAAAGGCGCGACGCAGGUAACAUUUUCAAUGAUUUUACUUUUUAAAUAUUUCACCAUUUAAUGUGAUAAAGUGGAGAGCCCGCUCAUGUAUGAGGUAUCAUGAUUUUAUAUAACAAAUAAGUGUUUUGUCAGCAAAGUGCAACCGCGCGUUUGAACGGUUAGAAAAAUGUAGGAUCAGUGUGGGGACAUUAUUUUAUUUUGACACAGAAACAUCACCUCUGGUGAAAUUAAGCAAGAAACUUUAUGGGUGGAGCUUACAAUAUAUCAUUUUGCAUUCAUUUUCAGAUUUCUGUUGUAUAUUUACGAAAAACAGGUCAAGACAAAUAUUCUUACAGUAAUAUGAUCUGUGAUGUAUACGUUUAAGAAAGAUUUGUGUGGUAUACUGUUUUUCAGUUUUUCAGUUCUAUUUAGUUGUUUAAACAAAUGCUAGUCAACAAUGUAUUUGAUAAUGGAUUUUUAAAUGCGAUAGCAUGUAUUACACAUCAUGGCUAUACACUACGCUUGCACCGCUUGUUGAACUAAUACAUAUACAUGCAUGCUAUACAAUCUCCAUUAUCAUAUUAAAGUCUUACGCUGGAGCAUCUAAAAUCGAUGACAAUUUCAUAUUUACCUAAAAUAAGUGUACACUUUAUGUUAUUGGAUUAAAUUUCAUUGUUAUUUUGGCGCAAAUCACUACUGUCACGUGAAGAAAUGUAUCGUAUAUUAUUUUCAAUAUUAUUUUUGCUUUUAGUUAUGUUUCUAUGCUUCGAAUGCGGCAAGAUGUUAAAGACCCGAGCUGCGUUAUUGCGCCACACACGGAAACACGCUAACUCUGGAAACUAUUACUGCUGUGGGAAAGCGUUUCAGGAUGCCUACCAUCUUAGAAGGCAUAGGGCUUCAAAGCAUGAAGGGCCCAAACGUCACGUGUGUGUACAGUGCGGAAGAAGCUUUGCGGCCAAAUACCUACUCGCGGCUCACGAGAAAAGCGAAAGAAAACAGGGAUUUGUUAAAUGUGACCAGUGUGGGUUGGAAGUGAGGAGUGCGAGUGACCUCAAAGAGCACGUCAAGACCCACCUGCCGGACAAGUGUUACAGGUGUGAGGAGUGUUUCAAGACGUACAAACACAAAACAAACCUUUCUCGACACGUGAGGACUUCACAUAAAUCCGUGAAUACUGACAAAAAUCAUAAUAGUUGACAGUUUACCCAAUAUGUAACUCUUAACAACCGUAUCGUUACAGCAACACAAGCGGUCUGAAUAUACAAUACGUGUUCAAUGAUCUCUUAUAAAUAUUGGACUUUAAACUACAUGCAUACAUAAAAAAAACUCUUGAAAAAAAAACAAGGUACUUUUCAUGUAAUUACGUGAAUUAAAGGGACUUGGUCGCAUAUGUUUGUUACCAUGGAAUGUAUUAACGAACACAACUUUAUUGAUUGUUAUAGUUUUAAAUUAUUUUUACAAAUGAAAAAAAUAAAUAAAUACAAAAGGAUUCGAAUCCGGCUAUGUAAAACAAAAACAUCUAACGAAUAACCACUGCACCACUGAGGCUUUUGAAAACACCGUGUUAGUAAUACAUGUAUUUUUUAAUGAGCGAUAAAAAGCGUUAUAAAACGCUUUCUUAGUUUAAUUAUCGACGAUUAUCCUUUAAUGAACCCAUAUUCUUUGCACCUCUCUUAUUUAGGAAUGUUGCGUUUUUUUCUUAUUAUAACAAAAUACAUUUUUUCUCAAAAAUUGUCAUACGACCAAGCCGUGCACAAGUCCCUUUAAUAGCGGCUUCCGUUUUAGCUGAUAGCGCACUAUUGUUAACGCGAAAGAUUAAAACAAGCGCGCUAUUGAAAAUGCGGAAGAUUAAAACAAACGUAAACUUAUCUUUUAAAAUUCCACUUUCAUUUAAACAGAUAAAACACAUCUAGCCGGAUGUGGAUGACAUGAGUUCUAUUCGGAUUAGUUUUAAGAGCGAUUGGCUAGCAUUCAAGAAUAUCAUUACCAUACAACUGAAUGAAAACUGGUAUUAACGUCAAAAUAAUAUUUGUUGUGUUAACACAUUUCGUGAUCAUGACGUCCAACAUGGCAAAGCAUGUCAUCGAGCACAGCUUGCUUUUUGUUUUGGUACUCUUAAGCAUCGGUCGUUUUUCAAACGCGAAACACACAUUGAACCUCUGUAAAGGAUCAGAGAUCUGCUACUGCUCACAUGACAACACAAACCCACCCAGUGUGUUUUGUAACGGAAACAAUAUUCGGCAAUCAAUCUUUCAUGAACUCCUGCCUAUGCGCAUUGAAGAAUUACACCUAGAGAAAUUCUUAUUCAAUAAUCUGUCGUCUGAGAUCGUUCCUAGCAAUUUAAAUUUCACAAAGGUGCAUUUUAAAGACAAUGAAAUUAUCUAUAUUGACCCCAACUUGUUUGAAAGCAGGAGAGAUUUAGGAAAGGUGUCUUUCUCUGAUAAUGAGAUAAAGAACACAACUGAGCUGUUUGAUGCUAUCGGCGUAGCAUUGUCACAGCGCACACAGGGUAUGACAGUGGCAUUGCAAGGAAUGCGAGUAGGCAAAAUCCAAGACGCAGAAUUGAUCGGUUGGAAUCUGGACAAAAUAAUGAAACUGGAAUUAUGUCGAAACGAACUAAAUGAACUAGACUUGACAUGGUUACAAUUAUUUUCGAAUUUGAAAACUUUGAAAGUUACAGACAAUUUAAUCCGAUCGUUUGUGAAUUUAGCAGUUCUGCCAACUAUAAUGUUUAUGGAUCUAACUCGCAAUAGGUUGUACAAUCCAGGUGUAUGUCCAAAUGGAACGAACUACUUUCCCAAUCUUGCUUCAUUAAAUCUUCGUGAAAAUAAUAUUAGAUAUUUAGACGACACGAACUUGAAUUGUUUGGAAACGUUAAAAUGUCUCGACCUUAGUUUUAAUAACAUUCUCGUUUUCAAUGUCUCAUACAUUGGACGAUUACGUUCACUACAAGUGUUGAAAUUGAAAGGCAACUGGUUGACUUCAUUAAAUUUUAUUCAAUUUGAACGAUAUCCCGGAAAUCUUCAGGAAAUUGAUUUAAGUCGAAAUCAGUUCCUUACUUUCCCGCCGUCAAUGUGUUCCAACACUAGUAAAGAGAAUUUCACAUCGGUCAGACGGAUUGAUCUUAGUUACAAUCACAUACAAACCUUAAAAAACCACAGUUUGUUUUGCUUUCCAAAUCUUAGUGAGCUAAUAUUUAGCAAAAACUCUAUCAGCACCUUUUCUAAUGGCGUUUUUGAAGUGUUUGGUAAUUUGAAAUGUCUUCACAUAGAUUCCCAGCUGCAGGGUAUACACAAGUUUGAGCCGUUCGCCCUUCAACUUCCCCAACUGGAGUUGCUCGACAUCAAGGCUAACUUCUUAAGUUUCGAUCGCAGCGAUUUGCGGGAACUAUUUCAGUGGUGCAAAAAUAUGAAAUUGUUGAACAUUUUAGAUAACUAUAUUGGUGCAAUAAAUGAAAGCGUUCUUGCUAAAAUAUUGGAGCCUUUGAGCAGUCUCGAAAUUCUUUCCAUGAAAAGGUUCGGACUGAGGGAAUUCCCGAUCGAUGUCGUCAGAAACCUUGCAAAUCUGACGCAUUUGAAAAUUGACAAAAAUCAAUUACGGUCGUUGCAUAUACCUUUAGAUUAUAAUUUCGCAACACGACUAAGCCACAUAUCAGCAUCCUCAAACAAAAUAACAAUUAAUGACACACACAUAUUGACAUCGAGUAUUAUGAAAUCGCUGAUAAAAUUAGAUAUUUCCGAUAACCUGAUUGACUGUAGUUGCAACGAUGUAUCACGUUGGUUUAGAGACCAGAUAAACGCUUCUGGUAGCUUGAAAAAUGCCCAUCUUCAAAACUGGCCUAGCAAGUACCUUUGCAUUACUCCCCCUAACAUGCAUCUUCGGCUACUGAAAGAUUACCACGUGACGGAGAUAGAAUGCCGACCCCCAAAUCCGUUACUACCAGGUUAUAUAGCCACGGGAUGUGCAUCGUUUGUGAUAAUCGUUCUUGUGUUUGUCGCAUUUUGGAACAGGUGGUAUCUCCAAUACUAUUGUUAUCGUUUUAAGAAACGUUUUAAGACCAAAACAACAGAAAACGAUCCCGAGCGUGAGCCACUCGUGAGCAGACGAGAACGAAACAUUAGUUUCGACGCAUACGUCAUCAACAGUGACGCUAACGGUCACUUUGUUGAUCAUCAGUUGGUUCCGCUGGUUCAAGAAAAACUCGGUUACAAACUUCACACGUCGAAUAAAGAUGGCGCCAUAGGAGGAUCCAAAGCAGAUAACUACUUUGAUGUGAUUCAUGCAUCAAGAUGUGUCAUUGUGGUUUUCUCCAACAGUCUUAUGAAGGACCCGUGGUGUGAAUUUCAGGUCGACAUCGCUCUGGUCAACAGGGUAGAAUCCGGAGGUGAAAGGAAGUUAUUUUUUAUCAUUUUGAACGACACGAACAUGGACAGUGCGAAGAAAUCCUGGUGCAUUCUCUUGACGAAAAAGACUGUUGCGAAAUGGAGCGACGGUGAAAACAGCAUCAGACAGAGGUUGCUCGUGGAAGAAAUUACCUCCUUACUUGGAAGCCCAAUGAAUAUGCCCUCACAACAGUCUUCUGUAGACUCCAGGACGAACAAAAGUACUAUCAAUUGAAGACGAAUGUUGACUCCAGGACGAACAACCUCGCCAUCAACUGAGGACGAAUGUAGACCCCAGGACGAACAACCUCGGCAUCAACUGAGGACAACUUUGUAGGAGGAUGCACUACAUAGUGUGUGACGAGACGGAUGUACACUAACAUGUAUAGUGCGCGUCACUAAAACGGCUUGGUUUUACACAAAUAAAGGUAUGCAUUAGUGUUAGGCGUACGUAGUCAUAGGCUAGUUUAUAUGUAUAUAUUAUUAAUAUUAUGUAUAUAUAUAUUAUUAAUAGUAUGUUUAUAUAUAUAUAUAUUUAUUUAUUUAUUUAUUUUUCAUUUUUUUAUAUUCGUCUACGGCGUUUGGGCGAUGUACUUAAUUUUAAAAUACUAAGGCGAGUUUUGCGUUUUCUUCCAGAAGCAUUAUUUUUGCAAAUAGUUUUGUUUGAACAAUUCUUAAUGCAUAUGUUAAAUUUAGCAAUUAACAUUUGUCCAAUUUAAAACAGAUCUCUUGAAAAAUACAAAAUAAUUUCCUCGCCCUUAUGCACACUCGCCCAAAUGCGCUGCCAAAAUAUAGAAACUUUAGUGUGUACAAAGAAAGCGGUAGGUGCAAAACUUUUUAAUUUAUCUUUGUCUACAUUUGAUAUAGUUUUAAUCGAAAGAUAUUAUAUUGUUUUAUUAAUAAGUACAAACUUCAGAGUUACAAGAAAGUCGUCGUUUCCUUUCUUCUUCUUUUUUACCAGACUGACAGUUACUAAAAUUAGCACAUUACACCGUAUCUAAAUAUAUCAAACCGGAAGUAUGACACACACUAUAAGAUUUUUGGUUUAUAUUAGUAUUUGGUGUACGUUUAAAGAGAAAGCUGCUGGUGCUACCUUGUGCUAAAAUCAUUUAAAAAUCCUAGAUUAUUUAUUGUUGUCUUUUAAUUUAAGUGUAUAAGCUGAAAAAUAAUCAGAAAGGUUGUGUAGUAUUGUAGUGACUAAUUGUGUUCCCUACCUCUAUCCAGACUCUUGUACUUACGCCCGUGCAUUUUGUAACUAAGACAGGCGAUAUAUAUUCAACAUAGUUGCAAAUUAACCCAUUUAUGCCUAGCGUCUAGAAAAAAGGCCUUGACAUGAUGCGGCGUCUCAUCCGGGUCUACGCUUUUUGCAUUAAUGAAUUUCUAUAAGAAAUAUUCUAAAUAUAGAAAUAAAUAUACUAGACAUCCCUAAUUUUGCAAAUAAAUUUCUCCAAUUUAGAAGGGUGGGAGAGUCCACUAGGCAUAAAUGGGUAAAGCACUUUCAUAAUUUAGUUUUAAGAUUCUCGUCAUAAUUGUGAACUCUAUGAUACAAAUAAUGUAUUUAAAUAUUAACAAAUUGCUACAGUAAAAUUAAAAUAUGCGUGUUCUUUCGAAACCAACGUCCUGUAUGCUGACUGUGAAGUUAUUGUGAAAUGAAAGUCAUGCACAAACAAACAGUAACCAGCAUAAUAUUGUAAUGUAUUUCGAAUACUGAAAUGUUCAUGCAGCGUUUGGUGCUUUCAAAUAUGUUAAGUUUCUUUGAUUGUAUGUAGUAGCAAUUCAGCGGCAGCGUAGUUUAAAUUGUACAUACUUUCUGAUUUAAAUUGUCUAAAUGGUAUAUGUUAACUUAAUAUUGGGUUUUAUAUUGAUGUUAUUUGUGGAAAAAAAAUUGUUUAAUUGAAAAGUUAUGUUGAUUUCCCGAGCUCCUGUUUUCUACACAAGCACCCGCCUGCCUUUAUUGGUUACUUUUCCCACCAAAAUACAAGUGUUCGCUUGACACCAAGUGUUUUUUAUGAAGACAACACUGUAAAAUAUAGCUGAAAUAAAACUAAAACACAUAAUCUAGGCCCCUCGUUAAUUUGUUAAUGUUGUCGAAUGUGUUCGGGAUUUUAUUUUUAAGAGUUCCCUAUUGACUAGUUCCAAUAAAACUAUUAAAAGCAGCACAUGGUGCUAUGGGACAUUUUCUUUUUUUAAUGCAGCGGCAUUUUACUUCAAUUGAUAAGCAGUGUUUAAAAGAUUUAGCCAAAGUACUUACCACUCCUGUAUUAAACAGUCUAACAGUUAUGUUUACCUAAUAUGUGUGAUUUGUAUUGGUUUAUUUGUGUAAAAAAAUGUAUUUUUUAUCGAACUGAUUAUGAUUCCUUGUUUGUGGUUAUCUCUUUAAGGCAUAUUCACAUUAUCAUUUAUUUAAAGUACAAAUGAUAAGUGUUCUUAUUGAAAAAAAUAUACACACCAUUUAAAGCUUUAAAACACUUUGAGUAUAUUCCGUUGUAGCUUGAUUUUUCCAAAAAGUUAUUUAAGCUAACAGAAAAACGUUAUAAUCCAUGCAAAACAUUUAUUUAUAUAAUGUGCAUUGUGAGGUUAUAUUUUCCGUUGGUUUUUGUUGCCCAAUAUUGAGUUUGACCUUUCGUCAUCAGCGUAGCAUGGAACACAGUUUUGAAAGGCUGUAAAAGGUCAAUAGUAUAGCUUUAGCUCAAAGAUAAUUGAGUCCUUUAUUAGAAUAUAUUUGCAUUUUUAUAUACACAAGUUUUAAAAUGCGUAUGAUUGCAUUAAUGCAUAGCAGGUUUGCGUCGACGUAUAGAACUGACAACAUAAAAGUCAUUUUAGCACACACACAAAAACGAUUACAGAAAAGAUAUUUGUUAUUAUGACUUGCUUGUAGAUCUUUUAAAAGCAUCGUUAAUUGAAAUUAAAGUGUAAUUAAGCUUCUUAAUUGUAUUAAGACGAAUGAGCAAUACCGCGCUGCCCCUUCUGGACCCCUGUCUGGGUCACGUGGUUUCCGGCUUAUCAGCCCGCCUUUGCCCACAGGUCAUUAAUCAAUGCGCGUCUGUGCUAAACGCAAGAUUUGUUUACCAACCUUCCCUUCCAGCCGGGCCCUUGAGGCAUGCAUUUUUUUAAUUGCUUCAGAGGUGGCUAUGAAACAUUUCUUUUAAGUGCAACGAUAAGGUUCUUUUGUAUUGAAAUUAUCUAUUGGCUUUGGGCGCCUCAUCGUGAUGGUUUCUUAGAUUCGCUGUUAUAUAUAACAUUGGUUGGCAUAUAUCUUUUAUGUAAAUUAAUGCUUUGUGUACCUAUGUAAUUCAAAUGCGCCAAUUUUAUGGGGUUUUUUCCUUAAUUUCCCAUGUUGUUAAUUUGCAUUGCGCGCUUUUUUGCACAUAUUUAAUUACGCUUAUUAUUGUUUUUGGUUGUAUAUUCAUACCAGGCGCGCUUUUCAGCAUAAGUUUUACGGAGCUGUAGUUAGUUUUUGAUUUAGUAAUAAAGCUCUCUUACCCCCUUAAGUUGGUUUGUUCAUUCGUUUAACAGUAUUAUAUUACGUUUAG